AUGGCGUUUGAUCAACCUCUAAAAAAGAAAAGCCAGUUAUUAUUACUAUCAGUUUCUGUAUUUUCAUUCAUAUUUUCCUACUCAUUAUGGUGUUCAUCUUUACUGUAUUCUUUCAAAGUUUACUUCACCGCAUAUCCUAUUCAACUUGUGACCCAUGCAUUGAACAAAAACUGCAUUUUUCUCCUCUGUAAUGGGCUCCUAGUUUUCCUUGCAAAAACAUCGGGUUUGGUUCAUUCUCGUGCAGGGUUUGAUCUCAAUGACCUCUUACAGAAGAAGAUUGGCGAUGGCCUGCAAACGUUAUCUCUUGAUCAUGAAAAUGAAUCUGCUUCCGUAGAAACACUAAUAGAAAACGUGACAACAGCGAUGGAAGAUCAAGAUCGGGGACAGUCGGAAAAUUGUGAGGGAGAAGGCAAAGAAGAAGAUCAGAAAGUAUAUGAAGAAUCAAAAUCAGAACCGGACGACGACGAAGAAGAAAUUUUAAACAUAAACGCAGAACAAGAUUAUAAGAAAGAAGAAGAAACUUUGGACUUGAUUGCAUUUGAAGAACAAGAUUAUAAGGAAGAUGAUAAUGAUGCAGAAUGUGAAAGUACAGAAGAGUUGAACAAGAAAUUCGAAGAUUUCAUAAGAAGGAUGAAGGAAGAAAUUACAACUACUGCCUAA